CUGCGACGACGACUUUGUCUGCAGAUUGAAAAUGUGUCAAUGAACACAGUCUUUGGACGAUCGCGAGAUCCUCGUGGCACGGCUCACGAUGUUCAGUUCCCUCCCAACCGCCCCCCGGUGCCUUUUCUUCUCACUUUCUAUCCGCCGAGUUCGAUGACAAUAUGUUUGGUGGGAUUUCUCCCGUGAAGAUGAAAUAACAAUGAUCUGAUCGCAGACAAUCGUCACCAAAGGACGUUUAUGCGGUGUACCAGAAGGAAACGUAAAAUGCGCUACCUAUGCUAGUGAUAGUUGGUGUUAGAUGAGAAUUACACAUCCAUCUUUUUGAGAUAUAUCCGUUGCAACAAAGUAAAAUUGUGUUAAUAUAGUGUGUGAGCUUCAAAGAUGAGCCUGAAAACGCGUAGCAUCGUGUUUGUGACAUUUUUCACCAGCUGCCUUAUGGUGGGGCUGCUGGUGGCCGGUCUUACCACCAACCACUGGAUACAGGGCUCGGCAAAGCGCAACAACUUCACCGAAUCCAUUGGGCAGAUUAACUUUGGUCUGUUUUCCGGCCACCGGCACCUAAACGUGGGCUUUGGAUGGCGUGACUACAAGAUCGAUGUUCCCUCUAUGAUUCGUGACGAGCCGGAAGUGAUGAGCUACUGGCUUUGGCUCGGUGCCGCACUCGGUACCGGCUUGGGCGUACUGGGAGGUGUCAUCGGUGCAAUCGGGGCGGUACUCAAGUCGGCUUCGGCAUCCAAGAAAACCGGCACUAUGGUGGUACUAUUUGUCAGCAAUCUGCUAUCGGGCAUCUCGCAAACGAUCGCCUUCGUCUGCUGGUUGCUGCAGUUCUACAAUUACCUCACGCACAAUGUGCUUCUGAUGGAGGAUCGUAACAACAACUGGUACAGCACUGGGCUAACGAUGCUAGGGCACAGCUUCUACUUUGUUGCUGGUGGCAUGGCGUUGGUAGUAGUGAACCUCAUACUGCUCGUAGUGGCCACGCGGCUGGAGCAUAGGGAGCGGAACAAAUUCUCUCACCCCGUUACAGACGAUAAGACGCAGGGCGCUAUAAUGCUGUAUUAGGCGUUAAGUUACUUCUGCUAUAUCAGCAUUUUCCUUCCAUCCUUCUUUAAUACUCAAUUUUAUUCCAUUUUAUUCUGCCGUUACUUAUGCGCCAAUCUACUUUCAUGGAAGUUGUGAUUCAGCAUCUCUUUUAUAUAACUUUUAUAGCUGUAGGACAUAAAAGUGGUUUAGAAAUCACGCCAUAAGCUGAACUAAAGAAGAAGAUUCGUAGAAUGCGCCACCAAUACGCGUAUUCUGACUGUAGGUGCAUUCGGUUUUAACCAUUUUAACUUAAUUUUACAUUAUGAACCCUACGCUAGGGUAUCGAAGGAAUUACCAUACUAAGUUAAAUUAAUAUACUUUCUUACUGUUAAGUGAAAGUGCGCCUGUAUGAAACAACGGAACAAUAAAUGAAUUGUAUGGAA